AUGUUAUCUAUUCAUUAUUGGCCUGAGGCACUGCACGAAUUCUCCAAUAUAUACCUCAAAAUAAGUUUUGAAUAUAAAGAAUUAGGAAAAAAUAUUGCGUUUUACUUACUAGGGUCAUCAAAAACUAUUUUCAACUUUACUUAUAGGUUCUUGUACAUGGCUAACCGUUUUAACUUCUAUGGUGGCAUUGCUGUUAUUCAUGUGGGCUUCAAACUGGCUUCAGAUCUUCAUAUUUGUAAGCUCGCUUUGACGCUUAAAGAGAAGUGGAAAUGGACAAUUAAGUCUGAAGGUGCUAGCCUCAGUUGGCCCAAGCCUACCUAUGCAGGUUGUGCUCUUCACCUUUGUGCUUUUAUCUCAUCCUUGUUAUAUCAUUGGGUGCUUUACUUUUUGCAUUGUGCAUUUGCAUUAAGUUACACAAAAUUAUUCUUGACGUUCACAUACAGUAUAAAUGGGAUAUUAGGGUAG